AUCGCCAGCGCGAAUUGCUCAUUUGGUUUAAGUUGCAGAUUUGCAUCUAUAUUCUUCUCCACCUUUGCGCGUUCAAACCUGGCAAACCUCAAAUGUUGCUGAUGAUGUCAAAUCGCACAUCUCAUUCUUUUGCGUGCACGCAAAAGGGACCUGCAAUCGACCAAGUUUAUGGAUUGACUGCAGGGUUUUUGGUGCCAGCUUCAAAUCUAAGAGCAGUCGCUUGGCGCUUGUGGUGAAAUCUCCCAUCAUUACGCUGUCCGGUUAGCGGGGAUACCUUCACGGAGCGUUUGGAUUUGGAACGUUGGACCCCAGCGCAAAACAAAAGCGAGGUUUUACGCACGCUUGCUUCCAGAAAAGCAUUUUCCGAGUAAGGGUCUCCUCAGUCCAACGUCAUAACAACAUCUCGACACACAUGAUGUGCGAGGUCCUAUGCGCAAAAUGCGCGAACAGUAACAUAACUCUGAGCUCUAAUCAGACAAAAUAAAGACAACUUGCUUUAAAUGUCCCCGCUGUAAAAAAAAAAAAAAAUUACAAAAAAAAUAAAAAAGAAAGGCUCUGAAACGAUAUUAGGACGGUGAUUGUUUGUUUUUGUUUUUUCUUUCUUUGUUUCCAAGGAAAGAAAGAAAUUACCCAAAUUCUUUGAAACGUUGACCGUAAGGUAAAAGGUAUGCCGUCAAGUCACUAAACAAGAAAGACGAUUGCAGGAUUUUUUUUUCUGUUUCUAUAGUGGAGGUGUAAGAGCAGAUAUCCACUUUUAACAGUGUCAGGCAGAAGUGUGUUCACAAAAGAUACAAUGAACUAGUCGAUUUUUUUAAGUAGCUCAAAUAAGUGGACAUUAGCAGUGGCGGCUGGGGCGAUAUACCGCCAAGAAGGGAAUCGUGUGUGGAAAAAUAAUAAACAAUUGACCAAUCAGCAUUUCUAACCCUUUGACUUGCUCGGAAUUUUGCCCUGACAUCGAAGAUGCCGAAAGUUUUGGGUCGCCAUGGUGAUAAAGUUAAAUAUGGCGACAACAGCAGUCGGGGAGGGAGAUCUUGCUUGAAAAUGUUAAGCUUUUUCCAGCAGAUAUACGAACCCUCCAUGCCCGAGCCGGGAGAUGCUCCGCGGCGAAGCCCGCAGGGAGUUCCCUACACCGAGCUGCGGCACAUCGUCAACGCCGACGGACUGCACCUGUUCUGCCGCUACUGGGAGCCCGCAAGUCCUCCAAGGGCUCUGGUGUUUAUUGCUCAUGGAGCGGGAGAACACAGUGGGCCAUAUGAAGAAAUUGCACAGAGACUGAAAGAACGGUCCCUGCUGGUGUUUGCUCAUGACCACGUUGGCCAUGGUCAGAGUGAAGGAGAGAGGUUGAACAUCAGGGACUUUCAGAUUUACAUCAGGGAUUCCCUGCAGCACAUUGACCUCAUGAAGUCCCGCCACCCGGAUCUUCCUGUCUUUAUUGUGGGCCACUCUAUGGGUGGUGCUAUCGCCAUUCUCACUGCCUGUGAAAGACCCAGUGAUUUCACUGGAGUGGUCCUGAUAGGCCCGAUGGUCCAGAUGAACCCAGAGUCUGCGACGCCGUUUAAGGUUUUCGUGGCGAAGCUCCUCAACCACAUGCUGCCGAGCCUCACUCUGGGAUCCAUCGAGUCCAAAUGGGUCUCAAGGGACAAAACACAGGUGGAGGCGUAUGACAACGACGAGCUGAACUACCACGGCAGGUUACGGGUGUCAUUUGGCAUCCAGUUGAUGGCGGCUGCCGAGAGGAUCGAGAGGGAGAUCCCAUCCAUCAGCUGGCCCUUCCUGCUCCUCCACGGCGACGCUGACAAGCUCUGUGACAUCCGAGGCUCCAAGAUGAUGUACGAGAAUGCUGCAAGUUCAGAUAAGAAACUAACGAUCUUUGAAGGAGGAUACCACGCUCUCCAUCACGACCUCCCUGAAGUGGCCGAGACUGUGCUGAAGGACGUGACGAGCUGGAUCACAGAUCGACUCCCUCCAGCUUCAACGCCACCGCAGCAAGGCUCGUAGAUCUCCAACGUAAAAAAAAAAAAAAAAAAAAAAGAACUCAGUCAGCGCUCCAAGGAGACUCCCAAACCGUAUCCCGCCAGAUGUACAUCCUUUCCCGAAGCCAUGUGAGGCGUAACACUUCUUUCCUGUCCAAGUGAGGUGUUUGCGCUCACUGAUCUGACGUCACGUUCUCUGUCUGAAGGGUUUACUAACAUCAUUUUCCAUCUUCUUUACGAGGAUGAUGCCAUCACAAACUUUGAUCCUAGAAACUCAGCAAAAAUAAAAAAAAAUUUCCGAGCAGCAUCUACAA